AUGCACCGGCAGAUAUCCCGGAGGCAGCCAAUCAGACCGAGCAACCCAUUUGAGGAAGUCUGGGUUGAUUGGACCGAUCUUACGGAAGAUUACCAAGGCUAUGUCCGAGUUAUGUUUAUCACGGACGCAUAUUCAGGUCUUGUUUUUCCUUAUUUUCUGAAGAGCCAUGGCUUAGGCAAAGAAAACCGAAGAAUCCUGCGAGACUUCUUCAACUGGAUAGAUGCUCAGUACAGUUUUAAGCCAAAAACUAUACGAUCAGAUGGCGAACUAUUCAGCAAGGAAGUCCGAAAGGAACUGAAACUUCGAUCUAUUCAAGCCAAAAGAUCAGCCCCAAACACUCAAGCCCAAAAUGGAGGGGCCGAGAGAUCAGGGGGUGCAGUCAUGGAAAAAGCCCGAACAAUGCGCAUAGCUGCACAUCUGCCACACAACCUGUGGAACGACAUUGUGGAGGCUGCUUGUUAUCUACGCAAUCGCACACCUCUUGAACGAAAUAAAUGGAAUAGCCCAUUCGAAAGCGUUUUCAAGAAGCAACCAAUAAUUAGUCAUUUGAAGGCUUAUGGUUGUAAGGCUUUUGCGAUGACAGCAGACGCUCAACUCAAGCUUCAGAGAAAACAAAAGCUUGAACCAAGAGCACAUAUCGGGUAUCUCGUGGGUUACCAAUCAUCAAAUAUCUACAAGAUAUGGGUUCCACACAAUAAUAAGGUUAUCUUAACUCGGGAUGUUGUCUUCAAUGAGUCUAGUUUCUUUGAGAACAAGAUAGCUCAGCCCGAACUACGACAAACCAUAAGUCAGCUGCUGGAAGAUAUUGAAAUCCCAGAAGAGCAGCAGGUUAUGGAAUCUAUGCUCGAAGAAGAAGAAGCAUUCAAUCAUUCUGACGAAUCAGAUGAAGAAGAUAUCCUGGAUGAGAUCGUCGUGGAUACAAGCAUGCAGGAUGAACCGGACGGUGAGGACAAUGAAGAUACAUGUGAAAGGUCAGACGAGCUAGGGUACCCUACGCCGCCACUGACAGACCCGGAGCUUGAAGAGAGUCCGGAGGCCAUAUUCACAGCCAGCCUUCCAAUCCGUCACCGACCCGAUCAUCCUGAGGGGGUGGAUGAAGGCCACAACUCAAACUGCUGCGAUAACAAGGUGCAGCAGAUCAGUGCCAACUACCGAUUCCACGAAUUCCAUCCGAUUCGAAUUGAGACAGCAGUUCAUGGUGCAUUUAACGCUGGGAUUAAGUUUCGACCGCAUAAGAGAGACCUGCCAGAUGCUCCAAAGACCAUGAAAGACCUUGAAAGUCACCCAUUCAAGGACCAAUUUAUCAAGGCGCAGCAAGAGCACCUUGCGUCACAUGGCCAGAUGGAUUCUUUUGUUGAGGGUUCUUAG